GAUCAUUAGAAGAUAUGGCUCUGUCGGACUACCUCCAACCUUCAACCCCACCGAAAUACGCUUUUUCGUAUAUAAACUCCCAAUUCAUACAACAAUUCGAGCCUUCAGACAUCCUACCCUGCCGAUCGUUGAACAGCCUAUUUUCUGAACGAACGGAAUCGAGAUCGCCCUCACCACUCUUUAAAAGGCGUAGUCUCUCGCCAAAGAGAAAUGAAAAAAAGAAAGUUUCAAAGAGAAGAGUGUCAUUUGCUGAUGAACGCGGAGGAAGAUUAAUAUCUAUAUAUGAUAAGGAACCAAUACGUCGCCUAAAACCUCAGUUUUAUUCUAUGUCUAAGUUUCUAGUGGAUGUUAUAACUGACGAGGAAGGCUUCAAAGGCACAGUCAAAUCUGAUUCAGACAAUGUUACAGUACGUUUAACUUUUGACAAUUGGGAAAGUUACGAAGAUGUACAAGCUGAACGUUUAUUUGAAAAUUCACAUACCUUUAACUUUGAUAUUCGUCUUCCAUUUCAUUUUAAAAUUGGCGAUAGCAUAGAAUUUGCUAUUAGAUGUCAAACUACGAAUGGAAAUGAAUUUUGGGAUAAUAAUGACGGAUUAAAUUACAGUUUAAAUUAUCAAGUGGAUCUUGUCAAUUAGAACAAACUGCUCAGGAUUUUAAUAUUAAUAUAGAUGUAUAGUAGUUCCUUGUUUCCUGUUUUUUUAUACAUUGUUAUUGUUUUGAAAAAUUUUGCCUUGAAUAGUUUUUUUCUGUGAUUCUUUUAUUUAAAAAAAAAUUGAAAAAAACAAUGUUAUAUAUUUCCUUAUAUAGAAAAAGUAAGGCAACUAAUUAGCUUGUGUAUACUUGAUGCUGAAAAACUUGAAAUUCUCUUUAUUUAAGACAAUUAAAUAUAUUAUAUUUACAAAUAUUAGACAAUAAAAUAUUCUAUAGCCUAAAUGCUUAUUGCAAAGAAAAUCACAUAUCAACUACUUGAUAGAUGAAUUCUUUAUAUCACACUCAAUCUAAACAACUGAUAAACCUUAUAAGUAUAUCGCUUUGACAACAGUAUAAAAGGUUAAUCUGUCUGGCGAAUUGUGAUAUCCACUAGAUGGAGCUACGUUACAUGGACAACAGUUAAAUAAUAUAUAUAGAGUAUACAGAAUACAGCAUAUAUACUGUAAAUAUGUAAUUUAAUGAUGACUAUAAUAUAGUAUAUGAUAUAUAAGGC